AUGGCGCUCAAGAACAUUCUUGCCCUUUUGGUUGUUCUUAGUGUUCUUGGAGUUUCUGUUGCCAUACCAAAUCUGAGCCUUGGCCUUGGCCGUGGCCUUGACCUCGACUACUACCGGAAUCAGUGUCCUAACGCAGAAGGCAUUGUCCGUAGAGUCACAGUGGAAUAUGUUACUCGCCAGAAGAGUCUUGCGGCCGCGCUUCUAAGGAUGUAUUUUCAUGAUUGUUUCGUGAGAGGAUGUGAUGCUUCCCUUCUUCUGAAAUCUCCAAACAAGGAUGCGGAAAGAGAUGCUAUCCCUAACUUGUCAGUGAGAGGGUACGAAGUGGUUGAUGCCGCCAAGAAAGCCCUCGAAAAGAAGUGUCCCGGUGUUGUUUCUUGCGCUGAUGUUCUUGCCUUAGUCGCCAGAGACGCCGUCCUAGUGGUCAAUGGACCAUGGUGGCCGGUUCCAUUGGGCCGAAGGGAUGGUCGCAUCUCAAGAAAAUCCGAGGCUAAUCUACCAUCGCCUUUCGCAAACAUAGAUCAACUGAAGAAGAGCUUUUGGGACAAGGGUCUUAGCACUAAAGACCUUGCCGUUCUCUCAGGAGCUCACACCAUCGGAAUCUCUAGCUGCGCUCUCGUUAACCCCCGUGUCUACAACUUCACCGGAAAGGGCGAUUUCGACAAGUCGAUGAACCUUGGCUACGUUAGGGCAUUGAAGAGAAAGUGCAAGCCCACUGAUUUCAGGACCCCAGUGGACUUGGACCCAGGCAGUGCCAAGAAGUUCGACACUCAUUACUACAAUGCCGUGGCUCAGGGUAAAGGACUGUUCGUCUCUGACUCAGCACUUCUCAAUGACGUUGAUACCAAAAACUACGUUAUAAAACAGGCUGGUGUUUCCUUCAACAAAGAUUUCGCCGACUCAAUGUACAAACUUGGUUUUCUUGAUAUACUCACCGGGAAACAGGGUGAGAUCAGGAAGAAAUGCUCCUCCGUUAACUAA